CACAAAUACGUCGUCGUGCCGACUGCCAGAGCACUUGCUCCGCGAAGGAGCGAUACGAUUUACUAACGAGUAACGUCGAAUGAUCGAUUUGUGUUUUUUUUUUUUUGGUACAAGUUACAAUUAAUGUUGCGAACCUAAUGUAGACGAUCAUCUAGCUCGGUGUUUAGGUUUCUGCUGUGUACUUGUGUGCCUGGUUAUCGAAACUCGAUAACUCUGCGCCGUAGAAAUCGAAAAUCGAUAUCUAUGUCCGGCGAUUAGACUGCGAUGCAGCGCAUCAAAACGUUUACCUURGUGUUAUUGCGGAACCGAUGGAAAGAUCCAUUUGGUGUCUACCCGGCGUUGACAGACUGGACACGACGGCGAAGGGUGCACACGUCAAGCACGACUUUUGAGUUCCACGAGUAUGAUAAGCGGAGCGGCUACGACACUGGGCUUGAGAUCGCUGACACGCGCAUCGAGAGAAUCCGUCUGGGCCUGAAACAACUCAAAAAAGAAAUCAAACUAUGGAAAAAAGAAAUGCAAGAAGUUCUGAUAAGCGAUCCCAUAAUCGAUUACAGAGCAGGAGAAAUUGAUGUGUUUUGGAGAUUUUAUGAAGAAUCUUCUUUGGAUCAUUGGAUUGUCACAAGCGAUAGUGAUCAUGCUGAAGGUUUUAGUAAAUGUGAUUUACAAAUUAGUCAUCAGGGUUAUGGGCUUUUUCAUGGAAAUCUGUGUUCUAGAGUCCCAAAGGAUGGAAGGAUUCAAAAUUCUGGUUAUUGCAAUAUGAUAACUAAACGUGUUUCGAAAUCUUUUCAACGAGACAGUUUUUUGGAUUGGAGUCAAUACACACAUCUCAAUUUACGUUUAAGAGGUGAUGGACGAAGUUACCUAAUAAAUAUACAUGUGUCUGGACAGUUUGAUAUCAUGUGGAAUGAUGUAUUUACAUUUGUGUUGUAUACUCGAGGUGGACCAUAUUGGCAAACCACAAGAAUACCAUUUUCAAAAUUCUUUUUUGCCAGCAAAGGACGGAUACAAGAUAAACAAGCACCAUUGCCAUUAUAUAGAAUUACUAAUUUUGGCAUUACCGUAUCAGAUAAAGCUGAUGGUCCUUUUCAAUUAGAAAUUGAUUAUAUAGGUGCUGAAUUUGAUCCUACACAUCAUGAAGAGACUGCAUAUGAAAUGUAUGAAGUUAAACAAAAUUAUAUUAUUGGUACAUGAACCCAUAACUGCUUAUAGUGUUAUUUUAUAGCUUAUWCAUGUUUAUGUUAACUAUCUUAUUAAACAAUAGUUGAAAUUUAAACUUAUAAUCAUUUAUUAAAUGAUAAUAUUUUAGUUUA